CACCUUUUUUACAUUGAACUCCGAAAUCCCUCGCCGGAGAGUCAUAAAAAGACCUAGGAUUUGUUGAUCACCGGACUAACGCCGGCCAUGGCUAUGCAAGCUGGAGUAGGCUUAACUAAGAUCGUAUUUAUUGUCGGAGCAGGGUAUACAGGUACUUUGCUUUUCAAAAACGGUAAAUUAUCUGAUGUGAUAGGCGAGCUUCAGAAUUUGGUCAAAAGUUAUGAAAAAUCAGGGGAAUCAGAUGGUGGAGAAUCGGAUGUCAUUGCUGCACAGGUUCGUAGGUUGGCAAUGGAGGUUCGACAGUUGGCUUCGGCACGACCAAUUACUGUUCUAAAUGGCAGUUCUAGUGGUGACUGGACAUCUCUGAUAGUGCCAGCUGCUGCAGUGGGUGCCUUAGGUUAUGGAUACAUGUGGUGGAAGGGUCUGUCAUUCUCGGACCUUAUGUAUGUAACGAAAAAGAAUAUGGCAACUGCUGUUUCAAAUCUGACAAAACAUCUGGAGCAUGUCUCUGAUGCUCUUGCUGCCACAAAGAAGCAUUUGACACAGCGAAUUGAGAACGUGGAUGGGAAAUUGGAUGAGCAAAUGGAGAUGUCAAAACUGUUAAGGAAUGAGGUUAAUGGUGUGCGUGGUGAUCUAUCCAAGAUUGAUUGUGAUUUGGAUGAAUUAAAAGGGCUGGUUUAUGGUCUGGAUGGCAAACUACUAUCCUUGGAAGGCAAGCAGGACCUUACAAAUGCCGGUGUCAUGUACCUGUGCGAUUUUAUCAGCGGGAAAAGGGUGAAGAUGCCUGAAACACUGCAGGAACAACUUAAAACAGUGGGCAACUCUAUUCCUAGUCUAAUGGGCCUUAAAGAACUUGCUGACUCCUCACCGCAAGCAAUGAACAGCAUAUUUAUUACAGAAAUUGCUCAAGAUGGUACUGAUAAGUUGUUAGAGCCACCUAGGCCCCUGUUGAGGACGGCCUCUAUCAGGUGCUGAAUGGUGUUCACCUGGAUUGCUUUUGGGUUAUAUUAUAUAGAGUUAACCAUAUCUGCUUUUCACCAGCAUACUAAUGAAUGUUUUCAAAUCGCAAGAUUUGUACAUGCUACUAAGUGGUAGAAUACAACAAUAUUACAUUGUUCAUAUUUCAUUAUUUAAUUGUCUGGGGAUCUUACUAUUGUUUCUUCACAGCAGGGUUGUAUAUUCUUUAGCUAUUUUUGUACCUUGCUGGGAUUUUUAUCUUAGUUUGAUGCAUCCCUCGUCAUGUACCUUUCUUUUUACGCUAUUUGUUGGGCUGAAGCGCCACUUGUG